CUCCCUGCGCGGCCACACCAAGGCCGGCCCGCAGCGAGCGCGCUCUGCGCUAGGACUGGGACCUGAGAGCCGGGAGCCGGGCUGGCGCGCGGAGGCCCGGCGAGCGCGGCGGCGCAGAUAUGCCACACUGCUGCCUGCCUUUGGCAAGCCUCCUGGACUAGGCUGCUUUUGUUAAUCACAUGGAUGUUGUGUCCUUGGGUGAGAGUAGCAGGAAGUAAAAGAGGAGGCAAAGAGAAAAUUAAGAAGGAUGUGCCUUGCAGAAAUCCCUUCUCUUGGCAAGGAAGCACACUGCAUUCUGGAACAAGAAUGAAUAUACUUUCCAAAGAGAGGACUCCUAAAAUAAAGACCAGCACCAGAGGUAUACGAGUGUUGGACUUCCCCACACCUGGGGUCAGAAUGCUGCUCCUCUGUCACGUCCUCACUGUAGCUGUGGUCCAGACUUUUAUCUUCUCUGAAAACCGGGUAUUUGCCAAGAACAUCAACUUCUAUAAUGUGCGGCCUCCUCUUGAUCCUACACCAUUUCCAAACAGCUUCAAGUGUUUUACCUGUGAAAAUGCAGGGGAUAAUUAUAACUGCAAUCGAUGGGCAGAAGAUAAAUGGUGCCCACAAAAUACGCAAUACUGUUUGACAGUACAUCACUUUACCAGUCACGGAAGAAGUAUAUCCAUCACCAAAAAGUGUGCCUCCAGAAGUGAAUGUCAUUUUGUUGGCUGCCACCACAGCCAAGAUUCUGAACACACGGAGUGUAGGUCUUGCUGUGAGGGGAUGAUCUGCAAUGUUGAAUUACCCACCAACCACACAAAUGCGGUCUUCGCUGUGAUGCACGCUCAGAGGACGUCCGGCAGCGGUGUCCCUGUGCUCUACCUACCGGUGUUGGCCUGGGCCUUCGUGCUGCCGUUGAUAUAAGGCCACCUUCCUGGGAGAGGCAGAGACCAGUCCUCUGAAGCACAAGCUAACAACUGUAAAAUGGCGAACUUUGAAGACCAAUCUCUUCAAGAUUGAAGGAUGUGCAUUGGACCUCACAGCAGAAGCCAGCUGUUUGCUUAGCUCAGGUACUCCUGCAGGAGGCCACGAGGAAGAGGACUUGGCAGGGACUGAGUGAUUACGUAGCUGUUAGGUUUCUUGAUCAAAAGGGCUGCAUUUUGUCUAUUCUGCAAGGAGGGUCCUGCCAACAUCUACCACAGGCAGGUUCAGUAGCCUGUGUUGUCCCCUCCAGACCAGACCUUUAGGGGAAAGGACUCCUUGACCUAAUUGACUCCUUCAGGGGCUGCUGGAACAGACCCUCUCGAUUCUGUGACUGGUUCAGAGCAUCUCUGUGAAAUCUAAUCCUUCCCUCAAGAGAAAGCAGUUUCCCCACUGAGGGUAUAGUAACGAGAAAGCCCACUAUAGGAAGAAAACUUCCAGGUGAACUAAUAUGAAACCUAUUUGCUAAUUGUGGGGGGAAAUAAAGCUUUUAAAUUAUAAGUGUA